AGGGGGAGAGCGAGCAUGGCAACAAACGAAGGAGCUGCCAAGUCACCAACCGCUCUCGGCAGUUCACGGAGAGACACCUACGCGGAAGGUUGGCAGCGGAGACAGGCAGGCGGCGGAGGGAAGGAAGGCGAGGCAGGAACUUUGACCAUCAGCAUCUCCAUGGCGGUGGAGGACACAAAGGCAACACUCACCACGCUUUCACAGGACAAGGACUGCGAGAAGGGGCCAGCAGAGAAGGACAGGGAAGCAACAUUGGCCUCGCCGUCUAAGAAUGAACCCUGCAAGAACGAUCCAGGAAAGGAAGUCUCCGUUAACACUAAACAUGUGGUGCUCGCGCUGGUGGUGUCCAUGGUCUGCAUACUCGACGGAGCCGCCAACAGGGGGGGCUGGACCGCCGUGCUGCCCAAGAUGCAGGAGGACCCGAACAUCUUCACCGUCACGGACAGCGACGUGGUGUGGCUCGUGUCCAUGGCGUCCAUCGUGACCAUCUUCGCCUCGCUGUUCGCGGGGCCGCUGGUGGAGUGGGCGGGGCCGCAGCGGGUCUUGACGGUGUCCUUGGCCCUCAGCACGGUCCUGUGGUUACUGAUGGCCUUCCCAAACUACAAGGCCGUGCUCUUCGUCGCCAAGGCGGGCCUCUCUGCCUGUUCAGGCGUCGUGGCGACACUCCAAAUGCCUCUCCUGGCGGAGGUGACCCCAGCCAAGAUGAGGGGCACCCUUGGGACCAUGGCGGAUGUCUGGGGGGGCACUGGCUUGAUUUUUGGGUACUUGAUGGCGCACCUGUUCACCUGGCGGGUGGCCACGGCACUGUGCAGCCUCACCGGGGGCCUGCUGGUGAUACCGAUGCUGCUGGUUCCGGAGUCGCCUUACUGGCUGGUGCGGCGCGGCAGACUGGAGGCGGCCAAGGCGUCGCUGCAGCGGCUGAUGGGCUCCGAGGCCGCGGCGGAGGACGAGCUAUCGGCCAUCAGCAGCAUGCCCGCCGCCACACAGAACUCAGGUGUCCAGCAGUUCACGGAGCUGACCAAGGGCCACAACGCACGCCCGGUGCUGCUGGUGAUGAGCUGCUUCGUGCUGCGGGAGCUGGGCGGCCGCAGCUGCAUCAUGAUGUACACGGUGUACCUUUUCCGCGAGGCGGGGGUGCAGCUGGACGCCUUCAUGUGCACGGUGCUGGUGGGCCUCACACGCACCCUCUCCAGCUGCCUGGCGGCGGCGGUGCUGGACAAGGUGGGGCGGCGGCCUAUGCUCGCGGGCACCGCCGUGCUGGGCGGCGCGGCCCAGGUCGUGUGCGGCCUCUUCCUGCACCUGCAGCUGUCGGGGGCGUCGUGGGUGCCCCUCGCCGCCGUGCUCGUCUUCGUGGCUGCCUACGGCGCAGGCAUCGGCCCCAUCCCGUGGCUGUACGUGGGCGAGCUGUUACCGUCGCCAGUUCGCUCCCUCGGCGCAUCGCUGAUCACAACUUGCGACGCGGUGGCCGUCUUUGUUAUCAACUACGCCUUCUUCAGCCUCAUCGACCACAUCGGCCUCGGCGUCACAUUCAUGGCGUUUGCUGCACUCAACUUCCUUAUCGCUGUCGUUGUGUGGCUCUGGAUCCCUGAGUCUCGGGGCGUCUCGCUGCAAGAGCUGGAGAACAUCUUCAAGGCAAAGAGCUGAGGCCAGAGGCGCAGUGAGGCAGCGGGGGCCGGCGUGACCUGAGUGUCGAGGGAGGUGGCGUGACCCUUGCCACCGCUGCUGCCCCCCCCCCUCCCAAGUUAUGACCUCACCCCCUUUUAAAUGGAAACUCACCCCCCCACCCCCCAGCCCCCACAUAAUGUACAUGAUAACCUCUGCUCCUUAUUCUUGCGUCAUGGAAACACUGAUCAGUUCCUCGCCAUUACAAGCCAUCCAGUACAA